AUGGGCGAAGCAGAUGGGACGUCAUCGUGCGGAGUGCUGCAUCUCGUCCUGCUGCCGGCGGAGAUUCUACAUCACAUAUUCUCGGGGCUCGAUGCUCGCGACCUCGGACGCCUCCCCCGCACGUGUCGAUUCCUGCACGACUUUGUGAAGGGGAACGAAAAACUUCACAAAGAUGUGUACCUGAACACCCUCGACAAACCUGCGCAGGGUGACCCGAAUUUGGAUUGGGAAAGGGAGCUGCAUGAUUUUGUCAGACUUGGGCUCCUUUGCACCGACGAGAAAGUGAACGAACAGGCUCAUGAACUGCCAUUUGUGUGCGACACCGUCAAUAGGCUUCUCAAGCAUGCGUCGCCGACGGGCGAGGCGCAGAACGACGCCGGCACCCACGCGGCGUCCCGCAACGCCGCCGCCCUCGCUGACAUGUUCCGCGAGGAGCCCGCGCGCGUGACCUUCAUGACCCGCUCCUUCAUCUACGAGCGCGCUCGCGGCGAGGGGAAGCCGCUGCAGCUCCCGUCCACGCCCAGCGAGACGCAACAGCAGAGCGCCAAGCUGCACUGUCUGUCUGGGCGGCCACUCCUCAACUACGGCCGCACGAGAUCGACACGCGUGUACCCCUACGCCGCGGCCAAGGUGUACGAUUUACGGCAGAACACGACCCGGACCGAGUGGGGCCCGUUCCUGGAGGACGGCUCGGGGAGGGUGGAUUGGGAAAAGGUCGAGGCCGUGAUGAUUGUACUGGGGAGAAACAUCCGGGGGCAGAAGCUGACGGCCAAGGUGUUUGCGGAUUUGUGGGAGAGGUCGUUUGCCGGGUCGUGGGCGAGGAGCUAUGUGCCGUCGCCGAACCGGGGAAUCCGGGACCUGGAUCUGCAGGAUCCGUACGGCGUUGCAGGGACGUGGCUGAGAGUGGUGUGCUUCGUCGACUACAACGACUUCUACAACUUCAACUUCCCCGGUGGCGACCAGAUACCGCGCGAGGUCCCACGACCCCCGCUCGACGUCGGCGAGGCGACACGCAUCAUCGUCAUGAAGGUUCAUGUCACCGACGUACAGCCGCCUGGCGAGGACGACGGCAAGGAACUGCCGGUGGUGCACUUUUACGGGGUCUCGCGGUCGGUGGAUGACUCAUGGGACGAGAACGCCAACUCUAACCUUCAAGGCACCGUACGACUAACGAAGGAGGGCGAGGUGAGGUGGACCACAUUCUCCGUCUUCAACGGCCACGUACGGUGGCGGAGCGAGGGGAUUCAGAUCGGGGGUGUCGGAUCGGCCCGCGGCGUCAUGGGACACUGGUUUGACAAUGACUACGACCCCCACGGACCCUGCGGCCCCAGCGCCUUCUUCAAGGUAUCUGAUCGGGCCCCGAGCCCUAAGGAGGAUGACGACAAAAGGAUCACGUUCGAGGAUUUUAUGCCCAUUGUGGACUUUGACGCGGAGCUGGUGGGCGACUCGGACGACGAGGACUACGUGGUGGGCGAGUGGGGGGAGGACGACGGGGUGGAGGAGGAAGAAGAGGAGGAGGAUGUGAGCGAGGAGGAACUGAUGCGGGACCUGAUGGCGUUGACGGCUCCGGAUCCGGACCUCAUUGACCUCUUGUUUCAUGGACAUCACCUGGUUGACCAGUGA